AUGACAGAAAUUGUCACUUGUGUACCUGGAGAAGAAGCAGCAAAGAAAGUGUCAGCAGUGCAGUGUUCAAAUAACGUCAUUUCUGAUCGAAUUCAUAAGAUUUCUGACCAUAUUCAAGAUGAAUUAAUUAGUAGAUUGAAGACCAGCGAGAUGUUUGCAAUGCAACUGGACGAAAGUACAGAUGUCGUCGGGUUAUCAAUACUGCUUGUUUUUGUGAGAUAUCCCUUUGGAGGAUCUAUUGAAGAGGAUUUGUUUCUUUGUACUCCUUUAGAAACCAACACAACCGGAGAAGAAAUUUUUAAAGUUAUCGAUAGUUACAUGACUAAGCACCAUAUUGAUUGGAACAAAUGUAUUGACGUGUGUAGUGAUGGAGCGGCAGCUAUGGUUGGCAAAAUAAAAGGCACUGUAACAAGAAUCAAGGAGGUUGCACCUAAAUGUAGUAGCAGUCACUGCGUUUUACAUCGCCAUGCCCUUGUCGCAAAAAAAUGCCAUACGAGCUCAAGACAGUUCUCGACCAAGCAGUACUAA